AUGAACUUGGUUUGCUUCUCGUCGAAAAGUCCUCAACAUAUCCCGUGCGUAAGAAUAAUUUCAGAAUCUUUGAGGGGAAGGAUUGCUAUUCUUGAAUAUGCGGACUCGUCUCAGCAACUCCUUCUACAACUACAAAAGUCGAAAAAAUUUAGUAAUCUAAUACUUCAGCUCAUAACUAAUUUGUUGGGAGUACCUACAGCUAGAAAAAUGUUCAGUGUUCCAAAAUUUAUCAGUUAUUUAUCCAGUAAAUCAGAUGAUUCGGAAUUAAAUCUACGCAAACAAUUAUUAUUAUGGUUAGUUAAUUUACCAAGUCAAAAUCUAGUUGAUCAUUUGGCUUCACAAUAUGGUUUACAUGAUCAACAUUGGAAUAUUUCAACCGAAAACAAGUAA